ACCACUGGCAACGGCGUUGUUGAAGUAUGGCCGACGCUUGAGAGUUGUUGAUGACAUGCGUGGUCAUAGAUAAGAAGAAAGAAGGCAGAUAUUACCAUUGCAGUUCUAUUAUAUACUUAACUGGGCAUCAUGGCUGCUGUUCUAAAAAGUGCAGCUGUGUCAAGCUCAAAUAAAGGACAACCAAGUUCUUUUUACAGCAAGGAUAAACCGAAUCCAGUGUUUCAAGCACUUGAUCAAGAAUUCAAAAAGUUUGCAGGAUAUAUGAAAAAGAGAGCUGGCCCUGGCUACAAGAAACCGGAAGAAGAAUCAUAUUCAAGACCUGCCGAUACCUUAUUUGAACUGUGGAACAAGUAUGAGGCCCGUCUUCCCACAGUUUACUAUCAGAAGAAAUUACUUGAAAUGGGAGAUUUUCUAGUCACCAUCAAGGAGUACAAGCUGGCUCUGUGGCAGUGUUAUGAAAGGUACCUACAGGCCUUUGGGGAUGUCAAUGUGGAGGAGAUCACCAAUGUAGACAUGUUCCGAAACAAUUUCUUCCCUAAUGGUUUUGACGGAGAAAAUGCUGGACUGACAUUCCGAGCCCUGAUGGGGAAAAGUAUCAGCAUGUACCAGGUAGUGAAGCUAUCUGACCCAAAGCUGCAGAACAAACAGUCUGUGGACCGCUGUGUGCAGAUCCUAAUUUUUCUCAGGCUUGUCAUGCAAGUCGUCCUUCCCAAAGAGUCCCUCUGUUGGCUUGUUUAUAAUGGCACAGUGCACAUAUACAGCAUGUCAAGACACCUGAUGUCACUGGGACAUUCAGCAAGGGUCCUCGAGUUCCUGCUGUGGGCCAGCAUGUGUAUGGAAACCUCUGUACCACUCCUGGCUGUCAAGUACCUCCCCUGGCGCACCACCCUCUACACUGCUGUGUGUCAGUGCUACUAUGACUGCAAGGCAGGACAACAUGCAGAGGGCUUUGCCCGACGUGGACUGGCCAAGAUCAAUGAGCUGAGUAAGCUGGAGGGACUCAGUAGUUCCCAGGAGACUCCGGAGUCUGAGAUUGCAUUCAGGGAGGCAACAGUCAAGAUGGCUGUGAUGGUGUACAAGAGAUCCGUCAUGGAGACCAGGAGGAAACCAAAAGGAUUGUUGCGGCCAAAAACACGGGCAAACCUCAAGGAUGUUCUCAAUCUUCCAUGGCCUCGCACACCAAGUGAGAAGAUGCUGGCAGACAUGUUUGAGGGGAGUGCUGCCCAGAUGCUGGCAGUGCUAGAGAGCCUCCAGGACACGAACCGCCGUAUCCUGCUCACAUCCGCACCAGCUCCAGACAAUGAGCCAGAGAUCCUUGAUGUCUUCUGUGAACUCUUUAUGGCAGCACAGGAGAUCCUAGCAGGUGGUGGAGGCCACAAGCCACCAGGUCCCAAGCCCAUGAGUUCACUAGGCGGUCAUCCUCUGGCCUCGGUGGUCACUGACAGGCGCCUCAUAGAGAUGGCUACAAAAGGUGAGGAUGGUGUGCCUAUCAGUGCCGUCAUCAAACUGGUCAAGCUGGCCUUCAACUAUGAACACUGGGAUACGUUUGACCUCCUAGUGGAUCCCCUCCUUACUCAGUUGAAGGUGUUGAGUGAAGACAGAUAUAUGUGGGAUGGCAAGGCUCUUGAGCUGCUGCAGGUCAUGGAGAGACUCAACAGUAGCAACCGACGCCACAAGCGGAUGGUCAACGUCACAGAGGAGGAGAAAGAGGAAGAGCCUGCAUCCGGGGCAGCCAACCCUCCCCCAUCCACUGUACCAGGCACUUCUGUGAAAGCUUUUGGCAUCCAGGAUGAUCUGAUCAAUCUUGCUGAAGUCCUUCUGUCCAUUGUCAGCGGACCUUUCCUACAAGAGAACAUCGAGAUCGACAUGAUCGUGGAUGCAGGGCUGUUUCUGUGGAACAAGUGCAAGGUGGUGUUCCAGAAAUUUCAGACUGGUUCAGUGGACAAUCCACGCUACCUUCACAAGAUGGAGAACCCGAAUAAGUGGAUGUUCCUGCUGGAUGCUGUCCACCAAGUGUUGUGUUGGAGUGGCAUCAGCAGCGUUGACCCUGCCCUUACAGCUGAAGUGGUGCUUAGACUGGCACUGGUCUAUGAGAGCAGUGCUCACUUGGAGGCUAUGGAAGGACGCUCACAAAGGUAUAGUCGAAAUGAGCGAGGAACAGCACAAGGCACUGACGCCUUUGCUGAAACAAGUUCCAUCACGCCGCGGGAUCACCGGUCAGGACUAAAGGACUCCAAAACAACACUGACCGACGUAGGCACUGCUGCCGACACAAACAUCACAGGUCAGCAGUAUCUGAGUCGAGCAUCCAUGUUGUCGUCAACAGCAAACAUCACAGCUCGUGGACAGUUGUUGCAGGCACGGGAGAUAUUGGAGCUCGGGCUGCAUAAUGUGUCAUUUGCCAGACAAGCUGUUGUUCUCAAUGAUGGAAAAUCUAUCGCUGAUGUCAGUUUUAUAAAGAGUGUGUUGAAUGCCCCAGGAUCUGUGGAUCUGAACCCUGAGGUAUUUUCUGUGGAGUCAGUCAAGGAAGUGUCGGAACUGUCUGAUGAUAGUCAUGUGAAUGUAGAAGAACUGAUUCCACCCAGUCACCGAGGUGCUGCAACAGCUGUCUGGAACACUGUCAAGGAUCUCCAUCUAGAACUGAUCCUCAUGUACCACAGAGUCUGUCUGAAGCUAUCAUCUCUUGGUACAGAUCCAUCCCUCAAGGAGUCCAAGUCUUCCAAGAGGAGAACUGGUUCAGACUAUGUGCACAGUGAUGGCAGCAUGUUGGACUCGUAUGUUGAGAGUUUUGAUGAGCUGUCCUCUCGCUGUAGCAAGAACAGUCUGUCCAAGGCUCUGCUGUACAUGCAGCAUGCUCAGAUGUCCUGUAAUGACGGCAUUCCUUCACAACAUGUCAAGAAGCUGUUUGAGGAGUCCGUGUCACUCAUCCAGCGCGCGGAGGCUGAGGAGAGGAGGCUGUACCUGGACAACAAGAGUCUAUGUGAGAUGUCACCUCGCACCACCAAGAUUCCCCCACCCCCCAUCCUCCUGUGUCGCACUGACAACUUCAUGGUCUUCACACCAGCGCCGUUUGACCCUCACGGAGGAGAGAAGGUGGCAUGGUACCGACUUUUUGGGCGAUCAGCGAGUGGCAGCAAUGUCAAGGUCAGGAUCAAUGACUACUUUCUAGAUGGGACUGGAGAAGAGGUGCCAUCAUUCCGAUGUGAGCUGAAAGCAGCAGGACUGAAGCCCAAUGAGCGCUAUGUGUUUGCUGUUGGUGCGUACACGUGUGACGGCAAGCUGAUCGGAGAAAGUGUAGGGGAGACCAGUAAACCCAUCCUAGCAUCCCAUCCUCUCCCGGUCCUCAUGACCUGGGCCUUCCUCACACAGAUUGCCUAUCAAGUUGGGGGGUACGACAUCUCCCGACAUGCCUGUGAUGUACUAUGGGAUCACUUCCUGGCUGAGAAACCCCCACCACAGGGCACCACAUACACCACUUCUGUUAACAAGGACUACAGACUCACACUGCUCAGAUUAAACCAGCGUGCUGUUUGUUUGUCCUCGCCGGUGCUGCUGAGGCAGUUCCUCACAGCCAUCUUCAUCAGUGUGGACAUCAGUGUGCGUAAUGGGCAGCUGUUCUGUGAUGGCCUGUGUGACAGAGGACCCCUCUAUACUGGACAGAUACGACGCCUUUCUGAGUGUGAGAAGAUGUUGGUAGCGAUAGAAUUGGCCGGGUGGCUGAAUGAAGCUAACCUGGCCCUCCAGGCAGUGGUGCAGUGCUAUGGGCUCCUGGCUCCACUCCUCUUCUACAAGAUACCCUCCUUGGCUGUCAUACAAGUCCUGCAGAGAUGCCAUGCAGUGCUACAGGAAAUCCCAGCUGGGCUCAUACAGAAACGUCAGGGCAACAUUGCAGACAGUCUCCAUCACAUGACUGCAUGUAUCACAUUCCACAUGGCAAAGGUUUUGCGCACAUGGGGACAAAAGGCUCUUGCAAGUAGCAUAAAUGAAAGUGGGCGUCUGCUGUUGGCGACAGAGAUGCCGGAGGAGAAGCCCUCCAAGGUCGAUGGUGGAGAUGCAGAUAAGGGGGAGACUACAGGAGUAGCCACAGAGAACACAGACGUGGGAUCCAUCACGCUACAGGCCAUGAAGAAGAAGCCCAAGAAACGCACUGGACAGAGCACAUUCAACAAGGAGGAGACAGAUGGACCAGUCAACGAGGAACUCAAGGCUCUCACAGCACACAUACUCAGCCUUACAAAGGCCUCUCACAACGAACAUGAGCUAACAGGCAAUGAAGAUCCGAGCAUCCUCCAUGCUUAUAUUGCCUACCUCCCCAGCAAGAUGGCAUACAGGGAGGUGAUGAAGUUCAAGCGCCGGGCACGCUACCUGGAGUUCCUCGUCCAUGUUGCCCAGAAGGGCCUGACAGAGGGUCUGGCUGAGCAGGUGGUGGACUGGUGCGAGGACAGCAUCAACUGGCUCUCCAAACGUAAUGAACAGAUCCUCGGCAACCGAAUGUUUAUGAGCAAACAGCCAGGAGUGAUCACUAUAGGUGGAGAUGAUCCCAAGAAGUUUGCUGCUGCCAUGGUGGAGUACAGCAAGGACAAGGACACGACUCCGAGAGGCACUGUGAAGCAGCCAACAGCUCCAGGCAAGCCAGGAGGACGACCAAAGAAAAAGACAAAAUAUAAGCCAAUCGGCAUCACCCCUCACAUGACAGACGCAGCCCGCCAUGCCCAGGAGGAGGCCGAGUUGAAGGCCCUGGAGAAGCUGAGUCUGUACCUGCCUGAUGCUUACCGCACUGCUAACCGGCGGCGGAGGAUGAGGAAGAUCAGCACAGAUGAACUGCCGUGGAGGACCCAGCUGAGCAUUGUGCAGGGACUGAGUCACUUCGGGGCAUUCCUACAGAAGCUGGAGAAGAGGGAGAAAGUCCUUGGCUCCACCAGCAGCAGCAUGUACAAGACAUCCUUCUUGGACCAAGAAUGGUUCACAUUUGAGACAGCAGGAACCCUGGUUGUGGGUUGGGAGGGUGGCCCAGCCCGACAAACAUCUGCUGUUGGACUCGCAGCCUCACCACGCAAGAUUGAUGAACCUGUGUCUGCGUUAAAUGCCCUUGACCUUGCUGUGGAUCAGGACAGACCGAAAACUACAGGCAUCGAGUUUGCUGCUGCUGCUGCUACUGGUGCCCCACCACCUCCGUUGUACACCAUCCCACCAGAGGCAGAGGACACACCCAGGACGUACCGGUCAGAGCAGGUGUCGUCCAGAUAUGAACACAAACACCACAUUGACCCUGACACAUCGCCCUUGUCUACACGGGCAACAGUAGAAGCCCUCAACAAGACAUUCACAUAUUUCAAACAUGCAGUGACUCUCGCCCACAGAGGGCAGCACUGGACACUGUUGCAGAACGCUGCACGUGCUCUGUGGAACUGUGCCCAUACUGCCUUGCUGCGUGCCUUCACUGCCAACCAGGGAGGUCAGGAUGCAGGCCUACUCACCAUUGAUGUCCUGCGCUCUCUAGUGUGGUCACCACUCCACAUGGCUGCAGAGUGUCUGCUGGACAUGAUGGUGCAUCUGCAGGUGGACCUUGACCACCAGUCAUUCAAGGCCAAGGCCAAAGGUCGUAAGGCUGGCACUUACUUUGAGUCCUGGUAUGGAGAUGUCAAAAACGAGAAGGGCGGAGCAAGUCAGAAGUUUGAGCCUCCUCUGGAUGACAUGAGCAUUGUAGACGUCCGCUUCAUACGCCGCCUCGUACUGAGGGUGUUAGAGAUGUUGUAUUAUGAACAGAAGUGGGAGAAGCUAACAGACAUUGCUCUCAGAUUCAGUGCUCUCUCAAAUGACCGCUAUGCAGAGCAAGUGAUACCUCUCCUGGUCCAGGCACAAAGGAAGCUGGACCAGCGUAUCACCAAACUUGGCGGAGUUGCCCCUCCUCAGCCUCACUUCCGUAAACUGAUGGCCCAGUUAGGGGGUGUGAUCAAGGCCAAGGACUACCUCAAGGCUCAACUACGGAUUGAGAUUAACAAGUCCAAUGUGCAACAGUUUGAACCUGGCAGUCAAAUCGAUCCCAUGGGGCACAAUGUACAUUCUUCGGAAGACUCUCAGCGUCUGGUAUCUGUUCCUGUUGAUGCCAACAGUAGUCUGACGACUCUCCGCCACACCCUGGAUGCUGCGCACUACACCGCCAGGGCACUACAUCACAGCCGCAAGUUGCUGGUGCUGUACCUGGGAGGACAGAUGAAUGCAUCUGAAGCACCUCUGAGCAAGUCUCCAUCCAAGGUUGAGUUUAUGCCCAACACAGCUCAUCCCCAACCCACGAUGGCGCCAGAUUUGAGCCAGGAGGACUUCUUGUCUGUCAGCGACAUCCAGACAUCACCAGUACCACGCUCACAGCUCGGAACUGUCAUCUCAUCUUAUGAAAAAACUAUAGACAUGUUGAUGGCAAAGAAUCAGAAAGGUCUUGCUUCCCAGGCCAUGAGGGAACUAGGCAAUGUGCUGUAUCACACUGGCAACAUCAGAGGAGCAUACAGGUGCUGGUCAGACUCACUGGACAUUGUGCUCAACACCACAGAUACUCUCCACUCCUGGCGUGAGCUGCUGCAGGGACCUGAUGACAUUAGCCAGGAGCUGCUCAAGAGAUGUGGACUGUGGGGCUGUGUUCAGGGAGGCAUACUGGCAUCUAACAUGGCACAGUAUGUGUUAACCUCUGACCUUGGACUGCAAAUGGAAUGUUGCUUCUUGUCUGGCUUCUUCUUCAAGGGACUGUUCCGGUCAUCUCUCCCUCACCCGACUGCUGACCGGGAUUAUGCUAUGUACGAGGUGGGUGAAGGUUGUGAGGUCACAAACCUUGUACCAGGGGUUGACUUCCUGUCUGACAGAUUCCGCUGUGAUGGCCGACAACUUGUUUCUGCACUGAGAUGGGUGACUGAAGAACUUUCCAGAGGAAAGCACAACCUCUUUGUUCUUCCAUUGUUGACCUUAUACCAGUAUUUCACCACCUUUGUGUGUCGAGAUCUGCAGCGAACUGUGGAUGGCCGGAUCCUGAAGGUUCGGAUCUUGACUGACCUGAGCCUGUACACGGAGGCCUUCAUCACACUGCAGAGACUGUUACAUGGUGAGCGUCUUCCCCACACAGGAGACAGCAACUUCAGACAGGUCGAGUCUCGAAUGAGCUCCAUCAGGUUCAACACUGCCAAGCCUCUCACAGACCGAGUCAAUCUCCGGGUCAUAGAGGCUGUCCUGGACAAGCGCCUAUCGUCCAGUCUGGGCACCUUAUAUGGGCCUCACAUGACUUGCCAUCUCUCCAUCGUCCAGGCUCACCUCUUUGUAACCAUAGCCAACACUAUCCCUGUCCUGCCUGCUGCUGAGGAUGUGAUCUUGCUGGAGGGCCAGGUCUACAUGAAGCCACGCACUAUCAGCACCAUAUCCCGUGGUGGGCUGGGCAGUAGGGGCCCCAAGCUGUCUCAGUACUCCAUGAGGUCCCCACACGACUCCCCGAGAGAUGUUGAUGAGGACAGUGAUGAAACUGUGGGUGGGUGUAGUCGCCGCUUCACCGAGAGCAAGAAAUCUAUGACAGUGGACGCAGUGAAGGGAACGCUGCUGUCAGUGGCGGAGAAGAUGGUGUCGACUAUAUCCGAGGUCAUCGUUGAGAAUGCUGAGAACGACAAAGCAGGACUCUCAUCGUUGUCAGCCGCUGAGUUAGAGCUUGUGGUUCUGUGUAAACUCGAGCAGGCAGCCAUUGCUCGUCAGAAGCACCAUGCACCUCUUGCAGCACGGAUUGUGCUUUCUGCUCUCAAGAUGCUGCAGAACUCUGGGCUCUUUCAAGCCAAGAAAGAUACACCUCCACCACCCAGGGAAUGGCAACGCAGGCCAUCAUCCAUGAAGGGUCGUCACAGUGGGUCUCGACGACUUCCUCCCAUGGAAAAUAUUAAACUGACUGAUUCUGAUAACACCCAGUUCCAAUAUCAGAACUUCCAGAGUCGGUCACGCCUCGACACCCGUCUGUGGCUGCACUGUCGCCUCGCACUCGUCUCCAGCCUCAUCAUGGAGGUCCGAGGAAUGGGAGACGUUAAAGGGAGUGAGAACAAGGUGCUGACUGAUGUGGCUGAGUGCCGACAGUACUGUGCAGAGGGGCUGUCUGAGGCGGAGGCUUGUGGGGAUGUGGAGAUGCAGGCAGAGUUCCUGGCCCAGGGGGCACAACUCAACAUCAUCGAGGGGAAGAAUCUAGAACACACUGUGUUGCUGAUGGAGGAUGCCAUCAAGCUGCUGAGUGGAAUGUCAUGUUUGUCGAACCACGGUGAGCGUCUACUGGUGCUGUGCCUGUUGAUGAAGACAGACUUGGAGGCAGCCUGCAGGAAGGAUGUGGACUCUGAUGCUGUCACACAGAAAACACUCAACAGCUACCUGGAUGUGCACAGACUUGUCCUGUCUCAGAUGGAGCAGCUUGGGGAGAGGAUUGAGCACUACCAUCCCAUGGGUCAGCAGGAGCACCUGGCAACCCCCGUCAGUCCCAUGGACAACAUCUACCUCCCAAACUGUCUCCGCCUCUCACAGGUCAAACUCAGAAUUGGACAUGCAAUGGCCAGGAAUACUGCCAAGCAGAUACGGAAUGGUGUUGUGGAUGUGGAGUACCAUCACCUCUGGGCAGAGGCUCUCGGUGUACUGUCAACAGCUCUGGAGAUCUCACAAGUCAGUGUCACACGCGAGGCAAAUCUGGAGGCAGAAAUUCUCUUUAAUAUGGGCAAAGUACAGAAGAUGCUUGCUCAGCUGGGCAAGUUCCAGCCCCGAGCUGCUGCCAACACUCUGAUUGAGGCCAUUAAAACAUCGUUUGCAACAGAUCAUGAUCUUGGUUUGAUCCGACAGAGCUACCUGGAAAUUGCCCUCAUCUACAUGUGCAGCAGUGGGGUGGUGGUGGCCAGGGAGGGGUCGUUCCUGGAGCUUGCUGUGGGGGACAGUGGCGAUGAAGGCAAGCCAAGCUCAUCCCACUCUCAGGUUCAGAAGAAGAAGUUGAAGAGCAAGAAGGAACGAAGCAAAUCCCGAAGCAAGGAGGAUGAUCCUAGUAUACCAGAACAUGAGAGAGAGAAGCGAGCAGCAUGGCUCGCCAUCCGAUGUGCAGCUGCAACUGCUGCAGCACAGCGAGCCAGGAUGCUGUUGAUAGGAGACAACAGCGUCACCUCCCAAAAACUGGGAGACAAGGAAGUGAAGAAUGUGCCAGAGUUUGCUGCCCUUGAUCUCAUCAGCUGCUAUGUUCUGGGAGAGAAAAAGAAAAUCUUCAAGAGUGAGAUAGAGGAAGAGCUAUCUUCCCUUAUGGAUGCCCAGGAGGUGAAGCAGGUGGACACGUAUGAUGACCAGGUGAACAAAGCCAGAACUGGCGCUAAGGACCUCAGCUGGAUACACUUCCUAGGCUAUCAGACUGUCCUUCAACGUCUGUGUAGUACCGCUACAAUCUGUGCCACAAGCUCACAGACCGACACAGUCAAUGUGAAUGGAGGUGACCUUGGACCAGACUUUGACCUUGGGUUUAUCAGCCAUGCUCAAUUUGACACAACAAUGAACCACGAUGUUGUCCGCUCCAUGUUGUUUUCUGGUCCGUGGUCCUGCCGUCUACGUCACAUGCAUGGCUACCUGACAUCCUACCUCCCAGUGUAUGCCAGCGACUGCUGUGCCAUCUACCCUCCUUCUUCUCUACUGCUCCCAGUCCCCUCUACCAGCACUGAUCUCAACAUCACCAUGAAGACGUACACUUCCAACCUCAGUCUGGGCAGCAGUGUUGAAAUGGAGAAUAUUUACAACAGCAGCCUUUAUCUUGAUCCACGACCUCUGCCCCCAGGAACACAAGCAAAUCCUCACAAACCUGUGGAUGAAGCCAUUGUGAAUCAUGGAGACAAUGAACUGGUUCUGCAGUGGCAUCAACCUACCCUUGAUGAAAGUGAUCCAGCACAUACAGAGAUGGGUUCACUGGACAGGAGGAUUAUAUUACUGUAUGCCCUCUCCAGGAAGGGCAGUUCAGGGAGUCCAGGCGUGGCACCAGGGUUCCUGUGGGUGUCACAACCUCAGCUCAUUGAUCUUCAUGACAGGUUGGCUGUGCUGGCCCAGAGAGGGGAGAUUUCCCUGACAGAGAAGGAUAAGACCAAGAAGGAUAAGGAUGUGACCCCAGCCACCCCAACACCAGCCAAACCCAAGAAAACACAGAGGAUCAAGGCUCUUUCCCCAAAACCACAGAGAGAUGAGCAGCUGGAGGGCCUCCUGAGACAGUGCUUGGAUGACUGUACUCUCCUGCUGGCAUCUCCACCUGAACAGGACGCUGUCACCGAGAUUCCUUUUGAUGUUAACCGAUCAAACAUCAAGAACUUGGAGCAACUGUUUGACCAGAGCUUUGGGCUGAUGCUACGAGGCACUGACGUUGCCACAUGGAUCAUGAAGAUGUUAUCCUGAACACUUGUUAUUCAAACAUGUUUUUAUAUGAAGUGAAAAGUGUUCAUCAUGGUUGUAUUUAUAAUGAGUUUCUGUCAGGCAAAAUCCAGUUACCGGUACUUCUUAGGUGUACCGGUAAGUGUUACAGUUGUGAAUAUUCAAAUGCUAUGUUAUUUAUAGUAUUACUGUUUGUGAUGUUUAAAGUUAUGCUUACAUUUACCAAAGUUUGAAUUAUAAUUUUGUAAAAACAUAUACCAUAUAUGAUUUCUGUUCAGAGUUGCAUCGAUUCGUCGGGCCAGGAUCUGAUGUUUCUGGUAUCAAAUCCCAGAUUCUCCUGUUAUGAUUCUUAGUUUGUCAGAACCAUACCUAUGCUUGUAAAUGUCUGUAACCUGUAUCACUUUGGCCUUUCCUCUUAAAGCUUUAAGCUGACACCCCUUGAUACAACUGAAAUACUGCUCAAAGUAGACUUAAAGGAGAUCUAGGAUUGGCCAACUGUCAGUCCUAGCAAAUGUCUUUCUUGGUCACCUGAUUCAAGUUUUAUGAUAUUCAGUCAAUGAUAACUCUAAAUUCACUGAGAAAGUUUCCCAUGGUAAGGACAAUGUGGAGACCGAGGCAGAAACUGGACACCGGUCUGUGGAGUAUAGUCUCCCUUUAAACCUCAGUCUGUGAGUUGAAAUAUCAUCUUUGUUUUGAUGAAUGGACUAUUGUACUUGAAGAAAUAAAGUCUUAAUUGUUUUUCAAUA